UAUGCAGCUCUUCAAGUGCUGAUCGCGCUCGGCUGCGUGAUGGUGCUCCUGUGGCCAGUGUUCGCGUAUUCUCAGGUUUUACAUUUUAUGAUGAAUAUUCACGACAAGUAUUACAACGAGGUCACGGUUAUACGCAAAUGUGGCUUCCUUCCCCCACCAGGAAUCCGGUCGCGCAUGCAAAAAUUGUCCAGGAACAACGCCGGCGUUUCCGCAGCAUUACGGAUGAGGCAAGCAGCCACGUUCGCAACGCAUUACGCAAUAUUCCGUCAAAAGCUACUUCCACGAUUCGAUCUCAUGUGUCAUCAUCCGUUUACGAAGAUCGCAAGACUGAUUUUGCGGGCAGAAGUCUCUCCGACGUGGUUCGAGUCCUCGAACCGUCUAAUGUUGUCU